UUCGGUCACAAUCCUCUUGACCACUUGAAUUAUACAAUGGAGCAUUAUUUUGGAUGAGAAGAAAUAUGAGAUGAAAGUCCAUUUGGCAAUAACGUUAAAGUUUAUCACUAACAUUUUAAAAAAGUUAUUUGAUUUUCCUCCUAUUGAAAAUUAUCUUUUCGUUGCGCUUUACGAUGUUUGACUGAAGUUAUUUUGAAAUCAUUUUAUAUGAAAAAUGAUCCAUCUUUCACCUUCAUCCAGAUUUCAGAUCUCCCUUGAGUUUGACAAGGAGGGCCCGAUCCUAUCACUAACCGCCGUCGCCGGGAGAUAAAAAUGCGUCAUCUCACGGUUCUGUGAAACUCGCCAUGUGCCCGGAAGAACCCCUCGCCGGAAAAUCAAGAAUCCGGCGAACCCUCGAACUGGUUUCCACACUGAUCUCCGUCUCGCAUUCGAUCAGAGUCUUCACUGUUAAAUGGAAUUCGAUACGGGACAAGCUCGAGGAGCUCAGCUCCACCCUCUCCGCCUUCGAGAACUGCGAUUCUCCGGCAGAAAAAUCCGAUCUUUCCGAUUCUUUGGAAGCCGUUGCAGCCACUCUGGAGAGCUGUCUUGACCUCGCUCGCCGCUGCGCCGACUUAUCGUUCUGCGGGAAGCUUCAAACCCAGAGCGAUCUCGACAUUACAUCUGCAAAACUGGAUUUUUACAACAAGAAUUUGGCCGAGAUUCACGCCGGAGCCUUUCUUUCCCAGGGCUCUGCCAUCGUUGUUUCAAGACCGGGCCUUUCGGCUUCUCGGGACGACAUCAAAUUCUACAUCAACGAUUUGCUUUCCAGAUUGAAAAUCGGGUGUAGAGACAUGAAGAAACAAGCUCUGGGUGCGUUCAAUGAGGUCAUCCAAGAAGAUGAGAGGUAUGUGAGAAUUGCAACAGAGAUUGACAGUUUCUUGGCUCUGUUAGUACAAUGUCUUGAUUUUGAAGAUGAUGGAAUCCAAGAAGAAGCUCUGAGGGCUGUUUUGGUAAUUUCAGGCUUUCAAGCCUGUAGAGGUAGUCUGAUCACAUCAGGUGUAAUUACCCCAUUGAUUAGAGUGUUACAGUGUGGGAGUGAUUUGAGCAAAGAGAAUGCAGCAAGGUGUUUGCAAAAGGUCACAGAGAACUCAGACAAUUCUUGGUCAGUUUCAUCUCAGGGUGGAAUCACUGUCUUGUUGGAAAUAUGUUCCAACAAUGAGUCCCGCGGCGAACUGGUCGCGUUGGCUUGCCAGGUGCUGAAGAAUCUCACGGGCGUCGAAGAGAUCAAAAGGUUCGUGAUCGAGGAAAGGGCAAUCCAGACAUUCGUCAACCUCAUGAGGAUGACAAAUGAUGAAUCUAAACUGAUAUGUGCAGUUGAUUUUCUGCAAUGUUUGGCUUCUGGAGAUGAAUCAACCUCCCAAACUGUCAUAAAAGAAGGAGGGCUUCAAGAAUUGUUGCUCAUAUUGGAUCGAAAGCUCUCCCAUUCGACCAAAACCAGAGAAAUGGCAUUGAAGGGGGUCAUGAGUCUAUGCUUAUCUUCCUCCUCUUCAUCCGAACCAGUCAUUGUCUUGUUGUUAAACCAUGGGUUGAUAAACCACAUUCUGUGCUUUCUGAGGGAAGGCGGUGGCGGGGUUCAAGAAUUGGCCUUAAAGGCGGCAUUUUGGCUGUGUGGGUCUUCAAAUUUGGCCAAGAAAGCAAUGGGGGAAGGCGGGGUCAUGCCGGAGCUUCUGAGGUUUCUUGGUUCUGAUGAAUCUUGGGAGGCCAGAGAAAUGGCUGCCCAGACAUUGGCUGGUUUGGUGGUUUUGGCUGGGAACAGGAAGAGAUUUGUUAAGAAUGAGGAAAAUGUGUUCUUGGUUUUGGAGAUGCUUGAACACAAAGAGUUUGGGAACAAGAAACUGUUGCUUUCAAUAUUGGUGGCUUUGAUUGGGUGCAAAAGUGUGAGGAGAAAGAUUGUCAGUUGUGGGUACUUGAAGAUCAUUGAGAAAUUUGCAGAUGAUGAUGAUGCUUUGGAUGCCAAAAAGAUUGUCAGGAAGUUGUCUUCUUCUUCCAGCAGAUUCAAGAACAUCCUCAGUGGAAUCUGGCACAAUUCUUGAUUCUAUUUUUCUUGUCUUUCUUCUUCAGUUUUUUUUUCAUUUUCCCUGACAUAUUGAUCUGUAUACAUUGCAUUCAUUCCCUUAGGCUUAGGGAAAGAGUAGGUAGGGAUGUAGGGUUACUAGGGUAGUACCCAUAAUCAAUUUUUUGGUGUUUA